CUCUGAUUCUUUAAUGGCUUCUUGGGUUCGAGGUCGGUGUUUAGGUAUGGGCUCGUUUGGUACUGUGACUAUGGGAGUGAGUAAAGCCGACGGUCGGGUUUUUGCGGUGAAGUCAGUGGAUCCUCAGUCGGGUCAGGUGGCGGCCUUGGAGAACGAGAUUCGGAUCCUGCGGAGCAUGUCGUCGCCGUACGUGGUGAGCUUCUUCGGCGACGACGCUACGACGUCGUAUCGGAACUUGUAUUUGGAGUACCUGCCAGGUGGCACCCUCGCUGACCUAGCGUCUCCGAAGAAGAAUCAUGGAGAUAGAUGUGCUGACGUGGACGAGCGCGUGGUGCGGUACUUCACCUGGUGUGUGGUGAACGCGCUGAGGUACGUCCACGCUAAGGGCGUCGUCCACUGUGACGUUAAAGGGAGGAACGUUCUGGUCGGGCACAAUGGCGGCGUGGCCAAGCUCGCCGACUUCGGCUCGGCGGUGGAGCAGUGUUCUUCCGGUGCGGUGGCGGUGGGGGUAUUGCCACGUGGAAGCCCGCUGUGGAUGGCUCCAGAGGUGAUUCGGCGGGAGUCUCAGGGACCGGAAUCCGACGUGUGGUCCUUAGGAUGCACGGUGAUCGAGAUGCUCACAGGGAAGCCGGGCUGGGAAGACGACGGCUUUAACACGCUCAAUCGAAUCGGAUACUCCGACGAGUUGCCGGAGUUUCCGAGUCAAUUGUCAGAACUGGGACGCGACUUCCUCGGCAGGUGCCUGAGGAGAGAACCAAGCGAGCGGUGGAGCUGUGAUCAGCUGCUGCAGCAUCCAUAUCUGCUUCCUACUCCUCCCAGUAAUCUCUCAGAGUCGUCUCCUCGGUGCAUCCUCGAUUGGAUGAACUCAAACGAUUUCAAGGAAGAAGACGAAGAAGAAAUCAGAAUAAAAAACGAAGACUCAGCGAAUGAGAGAAUCGGUAAAUUAGCUUCAAACUCAAGGGCAAAUUGGGAAUCCGAAGAUGAUUGGUUGGAGGUGAGGGCAUUGGUGUCCGACACAGAACCAACAGUAGCAGGCAAUGUUGCUUCAACAGUUACUGGUAGUGGUAGGGAACGCGAAGAAGAAGAAGGGACGAGUUGGGAAUAUGGUGAUUUGAGGAGGGUAGAAGAGGGAAUAGAAUUAGGGAUAAGCCGGGAAUAUUUGAAAAUAGGGAGGGCAAAUUUGGGGAUAUGGAAUUGGGUGGAGGAUGACAGUGAAAAUGAUUGGAGAUAUGGGUAUGGGCGGCACAAGGCGGUAAGCAUGUAA